AUGGCGGACACCAUCUACGUCGACGAGGACGUCGGCCGGGACGAGGAGUCCGCCGCCGGCUCCCAGGAGGCACCGUAUAAAACUCUUCUAUACGCCAUGAUUCAACACCCAGGAGCCUCGUAUCAGACACGAAAAUCCGAAACUGGCCCGGUAGAUGCCAACGGCGACCCAGCGACCCGGCUGGAAUGGAAACCUGCCGCCAAAUCCGCCCUGAAGAAAGCAACCAACCUCUAUGAACAGCAUAAAAAGAAAUUGGCCAAGGCUGUCGAUCUCGCCAUUCGCGACAAGGAAGCAGGGGACAAGCGGAAGGCCGUGUUGGAAGAGGCCAAGAAGGUGAUUCUCGAAGAAGACAAGAGCUUGCCCGAGCCCGUGCGGAUCAAGCUCAACGUCGUCGACCCUGUGAAGAUCAAACUGGGCACAGCAGAGUCCAAAGGCACUCGGGUCAAAGUCUUUGGCCGCGUCCACCACCUCCGGUCGCAGAAAGAUGUCAUUUUCGUGACGUUGAAAGACGGCAAAGGCCUCAUGCAAUGUGUCUUUACCGGCCAGCUGAUCAAGACCUACGCCGCCAUGACCCUGACCCUGGAAACCUCGCUCGAAGUCCGAGGUGAGCUCAAAUCCCUGCCACCAGGAGCCCACGCGCCUCUGGAUCGGGAACUCCACGCCGACUUCUUCACCGUGAUCGGGGUCGCGGCUGGCGACAAAGACGCCAUUACCAACAAAGUCCAACAAGACGGCGACCCACAAACUCUCCUCGACAACCGCCACCUCGUGCUUCGGGGCGACGUCGCUUCCAGAGUCAUGAAAGUCCGCGCCGCCAUCGAGGGCGCCUUCGUCAAGACGUACGAAGAACUGGACAUGACCAAGGUCUCUCCACCCGCCAUGGUCCAAACCCAAGUCGAAGGCGGCGCCACCCUCUUCGAAUUCGACUACUACGGUGAAAAGGCCUACCUGACGCAAUCCUCCCAACUGUACCUGGAAACCUGCCUCGCGGGUCUGGGCGACGUGUACUGCAUCGAGAAAUCCUUCCGGGCCGAGAAAUCCCUGACACGGCGGCAUCUCAGCGAGUACACACACAUCGAGGGCGAACUCGACUUCAUCUCCUUCGACGACCUGCUCGCCCACAUCGAACACGUCGUCUGCCGCGUUAUCAACAUUGCGCUCGCCGACACCACCGUGGCCAAGUUCAUCGCCGAGCUCAACCCGGACUUCAAGCCGCCCAGCCGGCCGUUCAAGCGGAUGCGAUACUCGGACGCGAUCGACUGGUUGGUCGAACACGAGAUCCCCAACGAAGAGGGCCAGCCCCACGCCUUUGGUGACGACAUUGCUGAGGCGGCCGAGCGCAAGAUGACCGACAUCCUCAACGUGCCCAUCCUGCUGACGCAUUUCCCCGCCGAGAUCAAGGCCUUCUACAUGCCCCGCGACAAGGACGACCGCAGAGUUACUGAGUCGGUCGACGUGCUCAUGCCGGGCGUGGGCGAGAUCGUCGGUGGGAGUAUGAGGAUCUCGGACUUUGACGAGCUGAUGGCCGGGUACAAGCGCGAAGGGAUCGACCCGGAACCAUACUACUGGUACACGGACCAGAGACGGUAUGGGACAAGUCCGCACGGUGGGUACGGGUUGGGGUUGGAGCGGUUCUUGGCCUGGGUGUGUGGGAGAUGGACCGUGAGGGAAUGUUGCUUGUACCCGCGGUUUGCGUAUCGGUGCAAGCCCUAG